UUAAAAACCACCAAAAGAGCGCAACAGAACCAAAGGAAUGCUCGAAAAAGAAAAAGAAAACUCUGUGAUCUCACUUUUCUCUCUGCCUUCUCUAUUGAACAUCCGUUUCAGGUCAAAUUGAGCUCUCCAUUCGAUCCACUUCAAAUGAAAAAGAGUGAUGGUUGUUGUUCUACUCACCUGAUUGAUGGAGAUGGUACAUUUAAUGAUACCGGAUUAGAACAUUUUAUCAAGGAGGUGAAAUUAGGGGAAUGUGGAUUGUCAUAUGCUGUAGUCUCCAUUAUGGGCCCGCAAAGUAGUGGGAAGAGUACGCUAUUGAAUAAUUUGUUUGGUACCAACUUUAGAGAGAUGGAUGCUUUUAAAGGAAGGUCUCAAACCACUAAGGGAAUUUGGAUGGCUAGAUGUGCUGGUAUUGAACCUUGUACUCUUGUAAUGGAUUUGGAAGGAACUGAUGGAAGAGAACGCGGAGAGGAUGAUACCGCAUUUGAGAAACAAAGUGCUCUUUUUGCCCUUGCUGUCUCAGAUAUAGUAUUGAUCAACAUGUGGUGUCAUGAUAUCGGUCGUGAGCAAGCUGCAAAUAAGCCUCUUUUAAAGACUGUGUUUCAGGUCAUGAUGCGAUUAUUCAGUCCUCGCAAAACAACUUUGAUGUUUGUGAUACGUGACAAGACAAGGACACCUCUGGAGAAUUUAGAACCUGUUCUAAGAGAAGACAUUGAGAAGAUAUGGGAUUCUGUUCCCAAGCCUGAAGCUCUCAAGGAAACUCCAUUGAGUGAAUUUUUUAAUGUUGAAGUUGUUGCUCUUUCUAGUUAUGAAGAAAAGGAAGAGCAAUUCAAGGAGCAGGUUGCUACUUUGAGGCAGCGAUUCUUCCAUUCUAUUGCUCCUGGUGGGCUUGCUGGAGAUCGGCGGGGUGUAGUUCCUGCUUCAGGUUUCUCUUUCAGUGCACAGGAAAUCUGGAAAGUUAUUAAGGAGAAUAAGGACCUUGACCUUCCUGCUCACAAGGUCAUGGUUGCUACUGUACGCUGUGAAGAAAUCGCCAAUGAAAAAUGUAGUAUUUUUGCUGCAAAUGAGGAGUGGUGUCAAAUGGAAGAGGCUGUGCAAUCAGGUCCAGUCUCUGGGUUUGGAAAGAAGCUUAGUGCAAUUCUAAAUUUUACUUUGUCUGACAUCAAUAAUGGCUUUUCUAAUUCUAGGUAUGAUGCAGAAGCUAUAUAUUUUGACGGAGGAGUAAGAUCUGCAAAGCGAAAGCAGCUUGAGGAAAACUUGCUACAACUUGUCCAACCAGCACAUCAAUCCAUGUUGGGUCAUAUAAGGUCUGGAACUCUUGAGAAUUUCAAGGAAGCAUUUGAGAAAGCUUUGAAUGCAGGGGAAGGGUUUUCUUUGGCAGCUGUAGCUUGCACUCAGAAUUACAUGGCUCAAUUUGAUGAAGGGCAUGCAGAUGCUGUUAUUGAACAAGCAAACUGGGACACAUCUAAAGCGAGGGAUAAGCUUCGUCGUGAUAUAGAUGCACAUAUUACUUCUGUCCGUGCAGCCAAACUCUCUGAACUUACUUCAUCAUUUGAGGCUAAGCUAAAUGAGGCAUUAUUAGGACCUGUGGGAGCUCUUUUAGAUGGAGCUACUAGUGAGACAUGGCCAGCCAUAAAAAAACUUAUGCAGCGUGAGACAGAAUCAGCUGUUGCUGGGAUCUCUAAUGCACUUUCUGGUUUUGACAUGGACAAACAAUCCAAGGACAAAAUACUUACAAGUUUGGAGAAUUAUGCAAAAGGUGUAGUUGAGGCAAAAGCAAGGGAAGAAGCUGGAAGGGUCCUGAUCCUUAUGAAAGAAAGGUUUUCAAUAUUGUUUAGCCAUGACUCUGAUUCAAUGCCACGGGUUUGGACUGGAAAGGAAGACAUUCGAGCAAUUACCAAAACUGCUCGCACUGCAUCCUUGAAGUUGUUAUCUGUAAUGGCUGCAAUCCGUCUGGAUGAUGAUGUUGAUAAUAUUGAGACUACACUAUCAUCUGCUUUGAUGGAUACAAAGAACAAUGCUGCUGUUAAAGACAGAAGUAUCACAACAUCUGACCCUCUGGCAUCAAGCUCUUGGGAAGAGAUUCCAUCCUCAAGGACAUUGAUCACACCUGUCCAGUGCAAAUCUUUGUGGAGGCAAUUCAAGUCUGAGACAGAGCAUGCUGUCACCCAGGCCAUUUCUGCUCAGGAAGCCCACAAACGUAAUAACAACUGGUUACCACCCCCAUGGGCAAUCGUUGCCUUGGUUGUGCUGGGAUUUAAUGAGUUUAUGACUCUUUUGAGAAAUCCUUUGUACGUGGGUGGCGUCUUUGCUGUUUUUCUACUCAUUAAAGCCCUAUGGGUGCAGUUAGACAUUUCAGGCGAAUUCCGCAAUGGUGCUCUUCCCGGGCUUCUUUCUUUAUCUACGAAGUUCCUUCCCACUACUAUGAAUCUUAUCAGAAGACUAGCAGAGGGGCAGAAACCCAUGACUACAGAUCCUCGGAGAAACCCUGCUCUAGCAUCAAAAUUUUUUCAGAAUGGAUCCAGCUCUUUUAGUGAUUCCUCAUCAAGUGCUUCCUCUGGGAUAACUUCGCCAAAAGAAGGGAAUGAGUACUCGAGCACCUUAAAAGACGACUAGGUGAAAAUAGCUAUCUUAUCAGAAAGCUUUCCUGCUCGCAUUAUUGUGGGUUGUUGCAUGUGUAUGCAUGGUCCACGAUUUUCAACUCUUGCAAGCAUGUGAGAGGAGCAGAUUUUGAAGGCAUGAGUUUUUGUGCAAGUGCCGCAUACAGGGGGGGCUGGUUUAUUGUGAGAAAGCAAGCCCAGCCUCCAUCAAUUAGUUCUUAUGGUCGUUUUGCAUCUUUUUAUAUAUUAUUUUGCAUGAAAGAUCAGGUUAGUAUCCUUCCUUUGACUCGGAAGUUGUUGGAAUCCGAAAAUGGAGUGUUGCUAAAAUAAAAAAAAAUAUUCUUUUUAAUUA